AUUCGGACCUCCACUGUAGGUUCUAAAACAUCGAACAAUAACAUAACAAUCGAUACUUCGCGAGGUGUGUUGAAAUCAAAUUUUUUGACAAAUCGAAGGAGGUCCAGAAAUUAUUUCCGUCCUCGUCGAGCGGAUGUUCAAUCGUCCGCAGAACGGUCGAUUUCCGUAAGGUCAGAGUGUUCGCGCGGCAGUGAUUUGUGUGUUCCAAAAGAAAACAAAAAAAAAAAAAAAAACAAAAAAAAAACAAGAACGAAAAAUUAUGGGUAGUUAUCGGGAACUGAUUCUCCUCUCGUUGUACGUACUGCUGACUUUUAUCGGAUGUUCGGCCGACGAAGAUCGUCACAUUUGGUCGGAUCGUCCCGACGGUGUUCUGGGAAGUUUUACUAGCCACUGUUUGUCGGAGGAUCCGAAAAAUGCUUCGGUCUCGUGCCAAGGGGUUCGUAUUGUUCGGCGAGUCGUCAGACAAUUUCUCGACAAAUCUUCGGGUAUUCCGAACAUCGAGUUGUCGGACGGCGUGAAAUUGGUGGAGUCCUCUUCGCCGGGCACACCGAGGCGAGCUAGGAACAUGCGAAAUCUCGGGGUGGUCGGCCAGGUGGUAAACUUUUUGGAAGGUCGGGAACUCCGGGUCAAACUGCCCAGCAUUCUUCCGGACAAUUUGGAAACCGCGCUGAAGGAAAGUCUCCCCAGUGCGGGACAAGCUCGUAAAGAAGGAGGUGGUUUCGGAGGAGGCGGCGGAGGCGGAAAAAAGGGCGGCGGAGGGGGCGUCAUGAUGAUGGCUCUGAUGAUGGGGAAAAUGAUGGGCGCUCUGGGUCUGGGUGCGCUCGGUCUUCUGGCGAUGAAGGCGUUGAUGGUUUCCGGUCUGGCUCUGAUGCUGUCGUUGAUCGUGGCAGCGAAAAAAUUGGCCGGGGGUCACGACGAAGGCGGCGGUCAUCACGUGAUCUACGCACAAGAAGGUCACGGUCACGGGCACAAACGCUCCCUCGAUUACCUUCAACUUACCGAACUUCCCUACCGGGGAUACGCCGACGAUUACGCGAUCCAAAAUUCUUAGAAAAACUAUAAGUAUGCAUUGGAAGAAACUUUGAACUUUAUGUCAAGUUCGGUUGACGACGACGGACAAAUGUGACGAACGCCUACCGAUGCACAGUGACGGAAAAUAGAUAUAUUUUGUGGAAAAAUGGCGGAUUCUCGGUUAGAAGCGGAUCGAUCGCGGGCAAAACAAUUGCGGUGCAAACGACCCGGUGAAAAUAUCGAGUGAAAGUUCUUACUUAUCGUUUCUAUUCGUAUGACACAAAUACGUAUGCUACCGAACAGAUUUACCGAACGACUGCUAUUGACGGACUCGAAAAUACACGACGACGAACGGACGGACGGACGGACGUUGAAGAAAAGGACAUAUCGGAACGCACGUCGGACCCCUUCUUUUGUAGGGAUAACGAAUUGCGACGGUGACGAAAAAGCUCGUUUUAUAGAAAGUGACUUUUCAAAUUUAUACGAUACAGCGAAUAUCGACUUUCCUAGUUCCUUAAGAAAAGAAGCAAUCCGCAAACUGACAUUUUAACGGCGUAGCGACACACCUCAGAGAAAAAUACACGCGAAUACCUCGGUCGGAAUAGCGAAAGCCAAUAAAUAAUUCAUACGGAAAAUUCCCCAAACCCUAAAAACUGCAACCGCACGCACGUGACCAAAGACACAUCAUACCUCAUGGAGAGAAAAAAAAAAGUUCAAUUCACGUUACUAUUCUUCCGGGGACGCGUACAUGCUCAAAACUGUGUUAAAUUCAUAUAUAAUAUACAUUACACACACCCAACGUAUUAUUAGUGUUAAAAAAAAAGAAAAGAAUUAUUUAUUCAUAUAUACUAUAACAUUUAAUGUAAUUGUUGCUAUUUAUUUCUCUCGUUACAUAAUUUACAAUUUUUUUUUUUGUCUUUUAAGCUUGUGAUUUUGUACAAAUAAACUCAUCGAUAUAAAGAAAGAACGAACAAAAAGAAAAAAAAGGUAUAUAUAUAUCU